AUGCAGCAAGUCGAAUACAUGCCAGACUCGACACACGACGCCAAUGCCAAUCAACUGCAGCAGUUGCAACAGCAGACCUCAUACCCUCUUUCCUCUCGCUCGACCCACAAAAGUAUUACUAUUCCUACUUCGACUCGCAUUAAUCCUAAUCAGAGCAGCAUAACAGAGGACCAAGCCAAGCAUCUGCAUGAACGCGCACGUUUCGUUGCCUCCUCGUCUUCCUCCUCGACACAACAACCUCCUGAACUGGUGACCACAGAGACUGCACUCACCGACUGUAUCAACAACAACAACAACAACAACAACAACGACGGCGCUAUGAUAGGAGCUUUGGGUAACAAUUCAUCGUCUCGCUUACCCGACCAGCCAUCUCAAAACACUCGCUUGCAUGUCCAUGGCCAAAGUGUGACCUCGCCUCUCUCGGAGACCUCUACUCCUACCUCUAUUACGACCUCGCGGACAAAGGGCGACAAAAAGUGGACCACACGAGCCAACCUCUCGCGCGACGCCCGGGCGAUCAAGACCCGCAUCCGUCGUCUCUGGAUGGACCCCAGCCAAGAGGUGCACAGCAGAACGAAGCGUGAUCCCAAGAACCAAUACCUCCUCUUGGAAGAAUCCCUUACAGGAAUACUCCAGAUCGUGCCGCCUAUCAUCCAGAAUGCGCGGAUACCCAAAUCAAGCCCCAUGGGACUAUCUUACCCAGCAGCAGCUUAUUCCGACUCGACCAGUAGCAGCAGCCUCCCUCACCCUCACCCCCGGAUAAUGCCCAUGUCAAUGGACUUUUCUGCUGCCACCGGUAGUACCAUCUCGCCUCCCCACCCAUUAUCUGCACCACCUGUCCAGCAUUCUUUCCAUCCUCCUUCGCCCUCGCUCAUCGGAAGUGCUCUGCCGAAAUCAAGCGGAGGGUCAACCAACAACUCUAUGACCACCACAACGACAGGGCCAGUCCACACUCGUGCUCGGACCACCUCCUCUAAUUCGACCUCCACCAUCAGCGCCACGAGAUAUCAGAUUGCGACCAGCAUGCUUCAACCGUCUGAACCCCCUUUUAUGGACAUUGCGCAGCCCACCCUCCGUUCCCCCACCAGUGGUGCAUCUCUGGGCGAACCUUCGCUUAGUACGUUCGCCGCUGCUGUUGCCGCUGCAGCCUCUCUAUCAUCCACUAGCCCGUCUUUAACAACUGACACACGGCCCACCGCGCCUGGCAUGGCUGAGAGCAACAAUAUUUUGAUCUCCAAGUUGCUCUCGCUUUCCAACGCGUUCACUGGAUCGAUCCGAGCGUUGUGUGAGCAACAGAACGAAAAGGUGCUAAGAUUCGACGACGACAUGAUCCUGGAACUGUUGACGCGUUGGGAACAGGAGGCUGGUAGAGAGGAGGAAGAUGGGUCUGUGUCAGAGCCAGAUGAUAACUCGAGCACGACCUCUUUGGUCACCCUUGGCGCCACCAAUGCUCUGGAACGGUAUCAGAUCAUUGUGGGACGUGUCUGGGAGGAGACGGAUGUGAUCUUGUCAUGCAUCCGCAAGAUCCGGGAUCUCGUUGAGUUUGGACGGAUGCAGCACUACUCGGACUUUGAUGAUGAUGACUCGGAGGAAGAUGCCAUUGAGAAAGAUGAAGUCAUCAAGAAGAGCUUGUAUUCGAGGAUCCUCUUCCAUGCGAACGGGUUGGUGACGGUGUUGGGUGAGUUUCUGGAGUGUGUCUCAGGAAUCCAACGACUGGUCAGCACUAUCAAGACGCAGAGGGAGAGUCAGGAGGACAACCGCGACGACCUGUACCUCAACAACGGAUCCCCAGUUGACAAUGGAUUCGACCAGCAGUCGUCGUCAGUCGUCGAUUUUAUCGCGGAUGACCCUAUCCCGGUCAAACAUCUCGACCCAGCUCUGAUGCGCAAGCUCAAGCGCAAGAAUCGGUUCAAGACAAUGGCGGAGAAGGUGCGGCGGUCGUUCUCGGAUUUCGCCAAGCGGUCGACUACAUCGUUGCUCGCGGUCUUUCCUCCUCUGGGCGACGGCACAAACGACGGGUUCCAUUGGGACUCAUAUUCGGAUGGAGAGUACUACUCUGAAGAGUGGGUUGGGACUGAGUAUGGGGGUUCGCACGUCGCGGACGAGGACAGUAUUGUGCGAACGCUGUCCCCGCCUGAUAGUCCUGGGAUCAGGUCGGAAAAGUUUUAUGGCCGCCAUCGUCGUCUCAGUUCAAAGGACACUUCUGGAUUACCCGAGCAAUACUGGCCUGGGUCGACUCGAUUGGGUUUCUCGGAUGACGGCAUGAGCCCGACGAAUUCGAUUCAUCCUACCUCGCCCUUCAGCACAUCCUCAUCGUCGAUCCCAAUUGCGAGUGGUAGUCCUGGUGGUAACUUUGUGGGUGGCACCAGUAUGGCCAUGUCGAGGAGUAUGAGCUCUGAGCGGACUGUCAACACCAUCGCUACACGACUUCACAUGGAUUCGCCCAACAAUGCGGCUUCGCCUACAAGAAAGUCUCUUGAGUUCCUUCGAGAGUCGAUGGAAUUGACAGAGCAUUCUUCGAGCGUUACUGACGCUAUGGCUAUGACAUCUUCCCUUCAGCCUACACCGCCCACCCAGACUGACGUCAAGGAAAAGCGACAGUCAAAUCUCUUUCAACGAAAGAGCAUCCAGGCACCCACAAUUACUGGAAUCAGUAUUUCGGCACCGAUUCCUAUUGACCCAAGACCUUACUCGGCCUACUCGUCGCCAGGAGAAUCACAGACACCCUCCCGGAACAAUUACCGUGUUCGACCCCCACGACCUCCAAACUCACUCCCACCCAUGCCACCUUCGCCCACCCUAGCAGCAUCCUCUCGAGAUGACUCAUUCGAGAAUUCUAUUGGGUCUGAUUCUUCUAUCUUCAAGCCAAAUUCCACCCACAGGACCAGUUCAUACCUCGCUUCUAGGAGCAUCUCUCCGCUCCAGACUUCUCCUUUGAUUUUAGACUCGCCUUUCACUCGCCAGACCAGUAUCCGGAUGGGCAACGACAGGAACCGGUACUCUGUCAAGAUGCCCGAAGAUGAGCAAUGGGAUCACCAGCUUUCCGAAUUCAACACCGUCUUGUCUACUAACGGCAGCAGCAGCAGCAAUGGUAGUAACAAUAGUCCCCGUAGUAGCGGUGGCAACUUUCCGGGAUCGUUCUGGAGGCGCCGGAGCUAUAAUGAUGCACUGGAGAAGAGCUGGCAGUCGAUGAGACAGGAUUCUUUUGUUUUAUCCUCAGGUGGCGCUUUUGAUACUUCGUUGCCUUCUACACCGAAUGGUCCUGAUUUCCGGUCGACGUUUGGGUUGGAGUCGAGUUCUUCGCAGGCACCUUCUCGUAUGGCGUCUUUCGAGUUCAUGAUCCCCUUCAUUUCGAGAGACGGAAACGCGGUAUCUUCUUCCACUACACCGUCUAGACAGGGAAGUCGACCAGGAUCGGGAUCGGCGCUUUCCCAGGUUGAGUCAGAGCGGAUGGCAACGAUGACGAUGAUGGGCAACAACAAUAGGCGGCACUCGAGUCCUUUGAUCCUGGGUGCUGAGCGUGCCUUGUCGGAUGCUCUUAGUCGACGACAGAGUGCCUCGUCUCAGAAGAGUCAGUCGACCAUCAACUCGCAGCCACAGCAACAACAACAACCUCAGCAGCAGGGUUCGUCUAACAGUAACUCUAUCCACAUGAUGCCGACCGUUGACGAGAACUCCAAGCCCAAGAAUGCCCCUCACCAUCGACAGGAUCAGGAUCAGGGUCCAGCUGAGGCUCAGACUCAGGCUCAGGCGCCAAGAUUUAACGCUCCCGCUCCUUCAACUGACUCAGUCACGUUCACGGAAUCUGACGCUCUGAGUAUCAAACCUCGACCACCGCGACCCACUUACAAGAAGAUGUCAUCGGAGAGCAAUAUCCACCACAGUAUUGCUGCUUCUCGUCACAAUGGUCCUUAUGUGGCGACGACGAGUGAGACGACUACUUCAGAAGCUCAUACGGAGAACACCAGUAAUGGUCAUAGGGAGUCUGAGGCCUUGGAGAGUCGCAUUCCUGUUGAUCCUGCCCGUAAGCCGGUGAUUGGCCCUCGUUUCGGCGACAUGAAGAAGGCAUGGGAGAUUCUCAACUUGGAUGUCAAGCGAUUGAACCAGUACUCUCACAUGCGCGCCUACGCCAAAGGACAACCUGUUCAGAACAACAGCUGGGCGUUGAAUCACCCAAACGCACAGCAGAGCACGACUUCCCCGCGCGUGUUGCAUAUCUGCGAGAAUGGCGCUGAUGUGCUUGUGAUGGAGAUGUUUGAAGGCCACUUGCAAGUCGUUGCUGGUUUGCUUGAGAAGCUCAUUGAGCGACUUGCGGAUGAGAACGCCCAGGAUGCGGAGUAUGUGAGUUGCUUUCUGCUGUCGCACUCGUUCUUUAUUGACUCAGAGGACCUCUUGGAUCGCCUGAUCGCCCGUUUCCAUAUCCAGCCUCGUCAAGGCGAGAUUCUCUACUUUAAGAAAUGGCAGACCGUCAUUCAAGUCAAGAUUCUGUGCGUGCUGAUGCGAUGGAUCCAGAUCCAGUAUGAGGACUUUGAGUUGAACGCGAACUUGCUCAAGUCGUUGAGAAAGUUUCUGAAGGUUGAUGUUCGGCAGGCGGGAUUUGUUAUGGAAGCCGAGUGUAUCGAUAAGAGCAUCUCUAUCAAGAGUCUGUCGCCGAUCAAGAACUGCAGUGUGAUCAUGGAGCAAGGUCGGUUCUGCUUACAGAGAUCCCGGACCCGAAAGAUCUCCCUCUCUCGAUCCCAGAACCCUCCUCUUCCCAGCCAAUCAUCCAACCUUACGUCCUCUACCCUAAGCCCCAUCCCCCAAUCUCCCGGCGAACAAACAAUCGAAUACGGGCCGACCCCAGAACUGGCGCCAUCCUCACCCAUUUUGCAACUGAACGGACAGGAUCUGGCGAGGUACCUGACAUUGGCGGAUAUGAAAGCGUUCAGGAGUAUUACGGUGUUUGAGUUAAUGUCUGGGUGGUGGAAAAGGCGCCAAGCGGCUGAUAAUAAGCUGAAUGGCGGGAAUGGAGGGCAGGAUGAGGAUGAGCCUAAAUCGCCCUCGGGACUGAGUGUUGUUGAAGCUGAAUGUGCGGAGGAUGGAGCCAUUGAAGCCUUUACUCGGCGCGCCAACAUGCUUAGCUACUGGGUGGCACAUGAGAUAGUGAGCACGGCCGGAUCCAAGACCCGGAAACAACUCAUCAAAAAGUUCAUCGAAGUGGCCAAGAUCUGCCGCCAACUGAACAACCUCCACACGUCCAUGUUUAUCGUCUCGGCCUUGACCUCCAAACCCGUCCGUCGCCUCAACUCGUCCUGGAAGUUGGUUUCUUCUAAAGAUAUGGAGACGUUGAAGAAUUUGGAGGCGUUGAUGGACCCUUCGGGGAAUAUGAGGUGUUAUCGACAGGCGGUUGCGGAAGCUGAUGCUCCAACUAUUCCCUUCCUGCCCAUUCUGUUGAAAGAUAUCACAUUCAUUCUGGACGGCAACUCGACAAUGAUCGCGUCCAAGGCAAACCUCACACCUCAAGCUCAGCCUAACCUUACCUCAGCCCCCAUCUCAACCUCUGACUCUACUACUACCCCAACAUGCACGACUCCUCCACCCCCUACAACCCCUCCCACCUCUCCAAAAUCCAAGAACACAGGAGCGCCAUUAGUCAACUUUGACAAAUUCCGUCGCCUGACCCAAUACGUCGAGAACGCAGUCGAUAUGGCGAAAUCUGUCGACUAUUCCUUCGAACACCAACUCCUCCGCCAGGCACGCGUCUUCCGUCCUUCUUCGCCAUCCCUCUAUGGCGAAACUGACUCUGUGCAUGGCAAUGGAGGAUCGUCGUCCCUUCUCGGUGGCAAGUCUGGUAGCACUCAUGGGUUCCUGAAUGGUUCCAGUAACGGAGGUGGACCGGCGCCGGAUGGAUCUAGGGGUGCAUUGGAUCAUAUCUCAGAAAUUGUCGAGCGCCGCCUAGUCAAGGCCUCAGGACUGUAUGGCGUCCACCAACGUGUGAUUCAAGUCGAGUUCAUCAACCGCGUUCAAGGUCCAAAGUCUAACGGCGCUUCUAGUCUCUGGAAGUCCUCUGGAGGGGAUGGUGGAUCGAAUAAUGGAAGUGUCCAUGGGUCGAUGGUCGGCAGUGGUGUGAGGUCGGAUAUGGUGAUCCGUGCUGUGCAGGGCGAGGAAGAGUAUUUGAUGGGGCUCAGUCGAAUGUGCGAACCUGCUCGUUGGUAA